UGAGAGGGCGCUCGAGGCUGCUGGAGAGCUAACAGGCGAAGGAGGCGGGGAGGCGGCGGCCGCGCUCGUUCGCUUCCCGGCGCCGCUGCGGGUCCGCCGCUGCGCUUCCUACUCGCCUGCCGCUCCGCUGCUCGCCGCCGGAGCAGCCGCCCAGCGGCCGGGUCCCGGCUCGGUUCGGAGUCUUGCGCGUCCGCCGACUGUGAGCGGAGGGCGAGCCGGCGCCACACCUGUGGAGCCGGCGGCCGUCGGGGGUGCCGGCCGAAGUCCCGCCGCGUGCGUGCUCGGGACUGCAGGCCGGCCGGGCCCCGGGCUAGGCGCACCCCCUGGCUGGGCGCCGCGGGCACCAUGGGGCUCCCCGCACUCGAAUUCAGCGACUGCUGCCUCGACAGCCCGCACUUCCGAGAGACUCUCAAGUCGCACGAAGCGGAGCUGGACAAGACCAACAAAUUCAUCAAGGAGCUCAUCAAGGACGGGAAGUCACUCAUCAGCGCGCUCAAGAAUUUGUCUUCAGCAAAGCGGAAAUUUGCAGAUUCCUUAAAUGAAUUUAAAUUUCAGUGCAUAGGAGAUGCAGAAACAGAUGAUGAAAUGUGUAUAGCAAAGUCUUUGCAGGAGUUUGCCACUGUCCUCAGGAAUCUUGAAGAUGAACGGAUACGGAUGAUUGAGAAUGCCAGUGAGGUGCUCAUCACUCCCUUGGAGAAGUUUCGAAAGGAGCAGAUUGGGGCUGCCAAGGAAGCCAAAAAGAAGUAUGACAAGGAGACAGAGAAGUAUUGUGGCAUCUUAGAAAAACACUUGAAUUUGUCUUCCAAAAAGAAAGAAUCUCAGCUUCAGGAGGCAGACAGCCAAGUGGACCUGGUUCGGCAGCAUUUCUAUGAAGUAUCCCUGGAGUAUGUCUUCAAGGUGCAGGAAGUCCAAGAGAGAAAGAUGUUUGAGUUUGUGGAACCUCUACUGGCAUUCUUGCAAGGACUCUUCACUUUCUAUCACCACGGUUAUGAACUGGCCAAGGAUUUCGGCGACUUCAAGACACAGUUGACCAUUAGCAUACAGAACACAAGAAAUCGCUUUGAAGGCACCAGGUCAGAAGUGGAAUCAUUGAUGAAAAAGAUGAAGGAGAAUCCCCUCGAGCACAAGACCAUCAGUCCCUAUACCAUGGAAGGGUACCUCUACGUGCAGGAGAAACGUCACUUUGGAACUUCUUGGGUGAAGCACUACUGUACAUAUCAACGAGAUUCCAAACAAAUCACCAUGGUACCAUUUGACCAAAAGUCAGGAGGAAAGGGGGGAGAAGAUGAAUCAGUCACCCUGAAAUCUUGCACACGGCGGAAAACAGACUCUAUUGAGAAGAGGUUUUGCUUUGACGUAGAAGCAGUAGACAGGCCAGGGCUUAUCACCAUGCAGGCGUUGUCAGAAGAGGACCGGAGGCUCUGGAUGGAAGCCAUGGAUGGCCGGGAACCUGUCUACAACUCAAACAAAGACAGUCAAAGCGAAGGGACUGCACAGUUGGACAGUAUUGGCUUCAGCAUAAUCAGGAAAUGCAUCCACGCUGUGGAAACCAGAGGGAUCAAUGAGCAAGGACUCUACCGAAUCGUGGGGGUCAAUUCCAGAGUGCAGAAGCUGCUGAGUGUCCUGAUGGAUCCCAAAACAGCUUCUGAAACAGAAACGGAUAUCUGUGCGGAAUGGGAGAUAAAGACCAUCACUAGUGCUUUGAAGACCUACCUAAGAAUGCUUCCAGGACCACUCAUGAUGUACCAGUUUCAAAGAAGUUUCAUCAAAGCAGCAAAGCUGGAGAACCAGGAGUCUCGUGUCUCUGAAAUCCACAGCCUCGUUCAUCGGCUGCCAGAGAAAAAUAGGCAGAUGUUACAGCUGCUAAUGAACCACUUGGCAAAUGUUGCUAACAACCAUAAGCAGAAUUUGAUGACGGUGGCAAACCUUGGCGUGGUGUUUGGACCCACCCUGCUGCGGCCUCAGGAAGAAACAGUAGCAGCCAUCAUGGAUAUCAAAUUUCAGAACAUUGUCAUUGAGAUCCUAAUAGAAAAUCAUGAAAAGAUAUUUAACACAGUGCCUGAUACACCUCUCACCAAUGCCCAGCUGCACCUGUCUCGGAAGAAAAGUGGUGACUCCAAGCCCCCGUCCUGCAGCGAGAGGCCCCUGACGCUCUUCCACGCUGUGCAAUCAGCAGAAAAACAGGAACAAAGAAACAGCAUCAUCAACUCCAGUUUGGAAUCUGUCGUCUCAUCAAAUGCAAAUAGCAUCCUUAAUUCCAGCAGUAGUUUACAGCCCAACAUGAACUCCAGUGACCCAGACCUGGAUGUGCUGAAACCCGCCCGGCCUAACUCACUCCCCCCGAAUCCAAGCCCAACUUCACCCCUCUCGCCUUCUUGGCCCAUGUUCUCGGCGCCAUCCAGCCCUAUGCCCACCUCAUCCACGUCCAGCGACUCAUCCCCCAUCAGGUCUGUUGCAGGGUUUGUUUGGUUUUCUGUUGCUGCCGUUGUUCUCUCAUUGGCUUGGUCCUCUUUUCAUGCAGUGUUCAACCUCCUCGUCAACUUUGUUCCCUGCCAUCCAAACCUGCACUUGCUUUUUGACAGGCCAGAAGAAGUGGUUCAUGAAGACUCCAGCACACCGUUCCGGAAGGCAAAAGCCUUGUAUGCCUGCAAAGCUGAACACGACUCAGAACUCUCAUUCACAGCAGGCACGGUCUUCGAUAACGUUCAUCCAUCUCAGGAGCCUGGCUGGUUGGAGGGGACUCUGAAUGGAAAGACUGGCCUCAUCCCUGAAAACUACGUGGAGUUCCUCUAACCGUGGGCCCCAGCAGAACUGCUGAGCUUUCCGUGGUAUCCAUGACAACUGCUGAGUCCAGGGUUGUAGGCUAUUUCUCUUUGCCACUGAGAAAUGCAGGAUGACUGACUCUGCUGCUGCCUGUCAACACGAAUGUUUCUGUGAACUCUGGUGUCACCCAUCCCCAUGAUCAUCUCAGCUGACGUGCGGUGGUACUGCAAGAAACAGAAGUAAAUCAGCAGUGGAGGCCAUUUGAUUUUGAAAACUGAGAGAAGGGCUUGCAAAGCCAUUUCUCUCAUUUAGCACCCUAAAUAGGGAGUGCUCAUUUUGUUUCAACAGUCAUCCAAAUCCCCAAGCUUCUGAAAAAGGAAGUAAGUGAGAUACAAGUAGUCCUCAAGAGCGUGCAGUGUAGCUAAGUCUGACAGGGCUGGGCAGACUCUGAGAUCCAGGCUGGGUCCAUUGCUUUUGUUUACAGUAGACACUCUCUCUACCCCACCUCUAAAGACUUGAGACUCACAGUGCUACAGGCAGCUGGGUCUGUUUGUUUGCAUGCAGGAUGGAGAGGGGUUACAGCACCGUUUACAUAAGAUCCAAUCUCUCACCAUCUCUAAAGCAGCCGUUGGCCCAGCGUCAGCAGAAUUCAGUCCAGUCCUCUCAUGCAAGGGAACACACACACCCCACGUCCCCCCCUCCUAUGCUAGGAACUUCUUUGCCACCAAGGGCUGCCAUCACCUCGUAACCACAGCAACCCAACCUACUCUAAAACCAAACCAAAAAAAUAACACACUCUCUUUGCAUGACUUAUUUUUUUCUCCCCCACUUUCGGUAGUUUUUUGAAUGGUUUUCCAACAACCUGAAGCAGAAGAUCAAGGAAUCAGAGUGGUCUACUUGGGGCAGACAAUAGCAGUUGGAAACUGUUCCCUCUCUGAUGAAUUUCAGCAGCAUCAGGAUACAUUUGGAGCAAACUCGAGUAACCUCUUGAGCUUAAAUUACAUACAGGCUCAAUAUUUCUGUUCUUCCAUGUAACUAGUGUUUGCUUUCUAGAGGGCAAUGUGCUGCCUCCCAGCAGGUGACAUUCUCCCUUUGACUCGUUCCCUCAUGACCUCCUUCCUGAUUACCUGUCUCUUCCCUUCCCCUGCCUGCCUCUAGCCCAUCCCCCCGGGCAGUGCCCUGGGCUGCUGAGCACUGGUGCCCUGCCAGUUUUCAGGGAUGAUUCCUGGGCUAAGCCUAUGGCCUGUAGUUGAAAAGGACAUGUAUGUUCACUGCCGCUCAGAAAAAGGGAAUUGUUUCUCAGCUUUUGAGGCGUGAGACUAAUAUCAUAAGCCAUUGUGAUUCAGGAGGACACCAAAAGGUUGGGGCAUGGAAGGUGGGAUGGGUACCUUCUCAGAAAGAGAAUUUCCUGGUCCAGAAGCGGCUAGGUCUUGUGGAAGACUGCCUUGGGCAGGGAAGUUUGGCCUGGACAUUUCACAUACACUUGGCCACCAAAGAACACAGGCCCCAGUGUCUUCCACAUUUGAAUGUCCUUGCAGGUGUGACUCUGGGCAGAUAAACUCCAAACUGAUGGACUGUCAAGCUCCCCGGAACCCCUGGGGAUGGCAGCGUUGCUCCAGAGUGUUCCUGCUUCUGGAAUGCCUCUUUAGGGAAGUUUAAAGAAGAAAAGAAAAACUUGAAUUGUGUUGAAUUACUGUAUCUUUUACAUUUUUUUUGAAAAGAUAAACUUGUAAAUAGAGUGAUUUGAAAUACUAUAUGGCAAAGUUUUAUAUUUGAUAUUCUUUAAGCUAGUAGCUCCACACAUUUAAGCUUUGAUUGCUGAGCAAGUGUGAAUAAGAGGGAGAGAGAGGAGGCAAGGUUGGAGAGAGUCAAGGUCGUCCCUUCUCUGGCCUUGAGGAAGGAGAGGAUAUCUCUGCGUGCUCUCUGCUGGCUCUUGUUGGUGGGCAUGACACAUCGAUGGUGUUCAGUCUUCUUUAUUCAGAUGUGUUUUUGAGCAUUUCUUGGGCUUUGGAUUUGGAGAUAGGAAGAGCAUCUUCAGGCAAUGAAUUUUUCAAAGAACUCCUACUCGGUGGUAAGAUGAAGCUCAGGAUUGGAAUAGGUGGGGCCAAGGUUAGAGUUUUUUUUGUUUUUCUUCUCAGGUGUAUUUCUUGGUGCCCCAAGAUAUCAGGACAAAAGGAGAUGGGAUAAUUGCGUGCUCCUUAUAUCUGACUCUCCUGCACAUCUUCUAAGGCUUUAUAAAUGAGGCCAAGCUAGUUUGCAAAUGUUAUGUGUGUCUAAGUUCUAAG